AUGGCGAUAUCUAUCGAGCGUUAUACCAACCAACCAGUUGCUGUCAAAUACAUGCGCCACUUUUUGCGAGGCUCUGGGGCUCAUCGCCAGCGCCUGCGAUUUCUACGCGAAGCACUGGUUUGGCGUGAUCUCCACCAUCCCUUCAUCCUCCCCCUUUUGGGUAUCGACAAUGAAAGCUUCCCACUGUCUCUCUGUCUUGUGUCUCCGUGGAUGGAACAUGGGACUGUGGUCAAAUAUCUCAAUGAACAUGGGCGAAAAGACGUGGAUCGACUGUUGUUUGAGAUCGCCCAGGGGCUUGAAUACCUUCACUCGCGCAACAUUGUCCAUGGGGAUUUGAGAGGGGCAAAUAUUCUUAUAGGUCCUGAACAUCAUGCAUGUCUCACCGAUUUCGGCCUAAGCGUCUUUUCCAAUGCCUCGUCUUCAAUGCGAACCUCGACAAGAGCCGGUUGUAUUUACUGGAUGGCACCCGAACUCAUCGACCCUGAUCGGUUCGGACUCGCGGGAAAGUUUGUGCGUACACCUGCGAGUGAUAUCUACGCCUUUGCCUGUGUUUGUUAUGAGUUAUAUGUUGGCAAAGCGCCGUUCGCAAAUCUGGCUGAACCCACAGCUUUGUUGAGGAUUGUCAAUGGGGGGAGAGCAACGCGACCACACCCAGCAGAUGUUACGUUCCCGGACGAACUCUGGGAUCAGAUCAAUUCCUGCUGGGUUGAGACACCAUCACUACGCCCAACGAUCAAUGAGGUGGUAGAAGACAUAUCGAGAGAUGCAGAGUCAACCUCAGUAACGCGGCCCCCGAAUUUGGCACAUAACUCUCCCGAUGAGUCACAAUCUGACACACAAAGUUUGUUUGCGUUUCCUUCCGAGAGCGAACCCAAUCCUGUGCGGAUGCCCAUGGGCAUCGCACAUGGGCAUGUGCCCAUGGGUACCCAUGGGCAUGUCCUGCAGGAUAGGUCUAUCCAUCCUGCAGGAUGGGUCUAUCCUGUAGGAUAG